CACGUUAACGUGACCUGAAUAUCGCAUGUUCUGCUUAGCCUUUUUGACAGUUAGUGAAAACAGAAUAUUAUUAUUUAUCUUGGAAUUUAAUUUAAGGAAAUUCCUUAAUAUAACAUUUUUGAUUGAUUCUACUAUUCUAGAGAUAGCCCCACGUUCUACUGUUCUUAAUGCUAUCGUCCAGUUGUUUUAUCUUUGUUUUUUAUUGGUUGGCAUAUCCUGGUUUAUGAUUAUGGUUUUGGUUUUGUUUCCUCUAGCGAACCAAUGAAUAUAUUGAACCAUGUAACAAACUUUAUUUUUAAAUACAAAUUUGACUCUUCAAGAAGUUUCUAAUUCAUUUCAUUCAGUAACUAUCAUCUCUACGUUGUCUUUGGCCGAUUUCUAUAUUACAAAAUUAGUAAUCAGUUAUUAUUAUGGUUCAAAAUCACAUGCAUCGUGAAGAAGAUAUAGUUUUCCAACGAAGAACACAAAACAAAACAAAAAACGUCUUAAUCCCACCUUAUCUGGACUCUUCUUGUUUUUUUCUUUCAAUUUUCCUCAGAAAAUUGUGACCCUUCAAUCUCUUGCCUUGAGGGUGAAGAUAUUCUGAAUCCUAGGACACAAGUCAUACCUAGGUUCGAUCAAGGGCACAAAUUGUCGUGACAAUUGAAGAAACAAAGCUUUUCAUUUUGGUUAAUGUUGAGCCAAUGAGAAGCAAACCUGGAUUUGAUUGCGUAAAGAGUUGAUGGGAAAUCGUUGUGCUAGAACUCCUUGUUGUACAAAGUUGUGGUCAUGUAUAUGCUGCUGCUGCAGCAGCAACAACAAGGCUCGAGCAAGAAGCCAACACGGGUCUAAAGAGAAUGUCUAUUCAAUAAGCAGAAUCGAGAAAUGGGAAGAAAAGAUCACAGAAGCUAACAACAAUGGCAAGAUUCUUGUGGUGUAUUUCAGCGCGCCGUGGUGUGUACCUUGUAAAAAGAUAGAACCAGUAUUCAGAGAACUUGCUUCUAGAUACCCUUCAAUGAUUUUUGUAACCAUUGAUGUGGAAGAACUCGCUGAAUUUAGUGAUGAAUGGAAUGUGGAAGCUACACCAACUAUAGUGUUUCUUAAAGAUGGGAGACAAAUGGAUAAGCUUGUUGGUGCUGAAACAUCAGAGCUUCAGAAGAAAACAGCUGCAGCUGCUGAACUCUUAAUCAGAAAACCAUAAACAGCAGAAGAGAAACAGAGCUAUGCUUCAGAAAUUAGUCAAUCAUUACCGAAGUUACUUGUGGAUGAAGUAAGUGUCAUGAGUUGUUAAUUGGGAUGCUUUAUCCUUCCAGAUUUAGUUUGGUAAUAUUUAUGAAAUUUUCUACUGUUGUCUCAGCAGAUUAACAUGGAGAUGGAGAAGGGUUUGGAUGAAGGUUAUAUAGCAGCCAAGGCUCCUCUAAUUAUUCUUCAGAACUCUGUGUGCAGAUGUAUAUGCUCCUCUCUUAUUAUGUAAACAUGUUUCUUCUUGUGCAUUAUUUAUUUGAAGUCUUUUUUUUUUUACUUCUACACA